UGAAUCGCACAAGUAUUAUUGCUGCAAGACUCAUUGUCCUUUCUAGUCUAACUACGUUUACUGAAUAUCUUUAGGAUGUCAGACUGUGGCUCCCUAGAAAAUGUGGACCCUAACGAGAGCAUUUCUGGAAAUAAUAGUUCUAAUGAGAAAAAACUUGAGCUGCCAAGUGAAUUCUUCGAACUGUUGGGAGACGCAGAAGGCAAAAAAGCCCGGAUGUACAGGUGCUUAUUUGAAGGAUGUAAAAUGAAGUUUAAGAAGGACGGCACUCAAAAACCACUGAUAUCUCAUGAUCCCAACAAUUCGCUUGGUCAUAAAGAAAAAUGGAGAAAAGCUGUGGACACAUUGAAAGAAAGUUCCGAUACUCAUCAUAUAACUACUAGACCAUCUGUCCAGCGUAUUUCCUCUCAAACACACUUAGAUAAUUGGGUUAUGAUUUUACUCCAUUGUAAUAACUAUGCUUAUUUUCUCAGGUUUGAGAAAAUGUUCUCUGAUAACGAGUUGCGAUUGGCUACAAUUUCCAAUCCCAUGUUCAAGCUGUCGUGGCUGGAAAGCGAGGAUGAUAUUAGGCGUGCCAAAUCGUUGCUCAAGUGUGAAUAUCAACGUUUACAGGGCGUUAUGGAGAUGUCAGAUUCCUCAGAGGAAAGCAGCGAUGGGACAUCGUCGUCUCGUUCCGACCCUAGUCCACCCAAACGAGCAAAAAAGGAC